AUUGGGGUAUGUACUUCAACCACGCGGCAUGGGGAAGCUCAAAUUGUUUUUGAGUUUCGAUAUUUUGAAACAUCACGGUCAAAUUAAUGUCAGAUAAGAAACCUCUUGCUAUUCCCUAGUCCAAACUCCCAAGUCACAACCUUGGUGGUUCAGUAUGUAAAUAUAUAAGCGAAUCAUUGUCUUCCUCAAGACACAGAACUUGGUUUGAAAACACUCUUCCGCUAUUCUUUUUCCUCAUUAUUGUUUUUUCUUUCCAAUGGAGGAAACAAAGUUUAGUCUGAGACUUCUGGUUGAUGAGAAGAGAAACAAAGUUGUUCUGGCUGAGGCUUGUAGGGACUUUGUUGACGUCCUAUUCAGUCUUCUAACACUUCCCAUGGGCACCAUUGUCAGACUUCUCGAGAAGCAUAACCAGCAGCCAAUGAGAUUAGGGUGUUUUAACAACAAUUACAAAAGUGUUUCAGAUAUGACCAUCGACGAUUUCGAGACUGAGGCUUGCAAAACUAUGUUGCUUUAUCCGAGGAGCACUAAGGAAAUCCAUUGCAGGAGGCUGAAGCUGAACGUAGAUGAUACUGAAGCUACAAAGUUCUUCACAUGCCCACGUUUUCCUAGGAGUUGCAGUAAGUACAGCAACUUUAACACUUCGAGGUGUAGCUGUGGAGGUUUGAUGACAAGAGAGUUUCAAGUUUCAGAGGAAGAUCAACUCGGAAGCCCAAUAGGAAAUAAUGAAGAUGGAGUGUUUGUUAGCUGUCGUUCCUCUUACAUUGUCACUGAUGAUAUGAGAGUGACUUUGAGCUCUCUAGGUGUUAUUUCAAAAGAGCUUAAUCUACUAGGAUAUGCAGAUUUUGAUGACGUUAAAGAGAUUCUUCUUGAUGUUGGCACUCAAGAGGUACCAUCUUCUUACCACACCAUUCAUUUAUUAUGGAUAUGAUUCUUUAUUCUAAUCUAGUAAUCUUAUCUAAAUGUGUAGGUGCUGACUCUACUUGGAAACUUUUUUGCUUCGGACUUUCCGUUAUCACGUACAUUCCUCGGCAAAGAUUUUCUAAAAAGGCCGUCUACUCAUGCAUUAGACGUUGGUUGUGUAAAAGGAGGCCAUGACUGUAAUGUGAAGAUAUUUGUCAGAAAGUCUGACAAGAAGAUUAUCUAUGCAGAGUGCAGUGAAGACUUUAUUGAUUCUCUUCUUGGUUUUCUUGUUCUCCCUCUUGAGUUGGCAUGGUCAUUAACUAACGACGGUUCAGUUUUGGGUUGGGUUGGGAAUUUGUGCCGAAGUGAGUGUAGAGAAGCUUCUUCAGCUUCCACUCCCUUGGCGGUACCUUAUUAUUAUUUAUUUUUUUGAAUUGAAUAUUAAAUUGAAUUCAAAAGAAAAAGACCUUUUUACAUCAUGUGACCUUUCUUAAACUUGUGUGUUAACUCCAUCCCUUUCCUAUAUCAACUUCACAGAUUUUUCAAAAAUUAUAAAACUUCUAUCUUGUAGCAAACCAAUACUGCAUCCCUUCUCCCAUCUUGAUAUCACCUCUUCUUUGUAUAAUGGUAAGCUUGUUCCUCAUGUUUUUAUCCAGCAACUUUGCUAAGAGUAUCGAUGGAGUUACAGCCUCUCCAUGACGUCUCCUAUUCCUCUCUCUCCAUAUCAUAUACACUGCUGCUUGAAACAUAUAUUUUAUCAGGAACAACUGCAUCUUCCCCCUUGUCAAAUCUCUCA